GACAAAGACAUGAGCUUUAAAAUAGACAAAGAAAAUGGGGAAAAAAAAAAAAAAUGCUAUAUGAUAGGUUCAAGAAGGCUUUCAAUCGCGGGACAUAAACCAGUUUAUCGGAAGACAUCUUUACCGGCAGAGUCUAGCUUCUCUAGAGUGGCUAAACUAAGGCAGGUAUGGUGGCUAGACAUCAGGGGAAGGAUCGAAACAAACAUUCUAUCGCCAAAAUCAACUUAUGGAGCUUAUUUUGUGUAUAAACUUGAUGAAUGUUGCUGGGCGUUUAAGAAUAAACCAGUUGAGUUUCGAGUAUAUUUUGAAGGAGAAGAGGAGGUCCAUGAACAUGAGCAUGGGGGUGGGUGUAAAGUGUUCUUAGACCCUUCAGAAGAUGAGCAGGGACUAUGUCAAUUUAGAGAUGAUUGGUGGUUGGAGGUGGAAAUGGGUGAGUUCUUCAAUGAUGGCAGCGAGGAUAAUCGGGUGGUGGUAUGCAGCCUAAUGGGGACUGAUAAUUAUAUCAGUAAGGGUGGACUGGUUGUUGAAGGAAUUGAGUUUAGGCCAAAAUCUGGUACAUAGAAAUAUAAAUAUGCCUUUCAACUUGUUUUCUGCCACUUUUUUAUGGUCCUGUACUAUACCAGAAAAUAUUUGUAGUCCUACUUCGUUUUCUUAUACAGUUUCAAUGUUUCAUUUAAAAUUGUGUCCAGAAA